UUAUUUAAACGGUCAAUAGUUCGAUUGUUAUGUGCUACUUAGGAUCAUAAUAUCUCAAUGGCUGCUCACACGACAAGUCGUCUUGUGUUUCUAUCCGCUUCCAUUUUCCUUUUCAAUGUCAUAAACCUUCCUUUCCUCACAAACGCACUCUCCUCAUGCAAUGGAGCAUGCAGCACUUCUAACGAUUGCGAUGGCCAACUCAUUUGUAUCAACGGCAAUUGCAACGACGACCCCGAUGUUGGCACCCAAAUCUGCAGCGGCGGCGACAUGCCGUCAGCGAGUGGCGGAGACUGCAAGUCCUCUGGCACUCUGAACUGCGACGACGGAAAAUCCUUCUCUCAAUUCACUUGCUCCCCGCAAGUUUUGUCCUCCACGCAAGCAAUCCUCACUCUCAACGAUUUCAGCGAAGGUGGUGACGGAGGGGCUCCCUCUGAGUGCGACGAGAAGUUCCAUAGCAACUCCGAGAAAGUGGUGGCGCUAUCCACUGGGUGGUACAACAAAGGAUCAAGGUGUGGCCAAAUGAUUACGAUCACCUCGGCUACGAGCGGGAAGAGUGUGGAGGCGAUGGUGGUGGACGAGUGUGACUCACUGAAUGGGUGUGACUCGGAGCACGCCUAUCAGGGACCGUGCCGGAACAACAUCGUGGAUGGGUCCCAAGCCGUGUGGGAUGCGCUAGGGUUGAAUUCUGGCGAAGAGAGUGUUACUUGGUCCAUGGCCUGACCUGAUCUAAUAAGGGUUUAGGGUUAUAAUUAAUAAGGACAAGUAUAUAUAUAUAUAUAUAUAUAUAUAUAUAUAGGGUUUAAUAAGAGUUAUGUUGUAGUAAAAGUGAUUGUGUUAUGUUAUAGAGAUUCGUUUUGCGUGCUAGAGUUUUUUUUUUUUUUUUUUUUUUUUGGUUUCAAAAAUUGUGGGUCCCACAAAAUGUUGUGUGUGUAGGAAAGUUGUUGUGGUCAUGUUAAAUUAUAGAUACAAAAC